AUGAAUUCAAAUUCGAAGGAUGAUUAUGUAUCUGUGUUCAUUCCUGAUGAAGUUAUAGAAGAUUGUUUGAAUGAGUGGAGAUACAGCUUGAUCGGAAAAUUGGAUUUAGUGAAAUUAAAGAUGGAAACAGUUGAAGCAUCAUUGAGAAAACAAUGGAUUGUCAAAGGUAAAAUUAAACUUAUUCCUUUAGGUAAAGGUUUUUUCAUCAUCAAAUUAGAUAAUGAAGAAGAUAGAAGUUUAAUUUGUAUUGAGUACUGGAAGGAGAAUAUCAUCCUGCAAAUGGGUAAUAAAGUUGGAAGAGCAAUCAAAGUAGAUGAAACUGCCUUGAAAAGAGAGAGUGGUUUUUAUGCAAGUGUUUUAGUAGAAGUGGACAUGGAAAAAUCAAUUACCAGUAAAAUUAGUAUUGAAUCAAAGUAUGGGAAAUUUGAGAAGUAUAUCCAGAUUCCUAAGCUGCCUAAGUUUUGUAAUCAUUGUACAGUGAUUGGUUACUUAGUUGCUGAGUACAAAAUGAAGAGAAAAGAACAGCAACAUGAGCCAGCUAAGGAGGUCCAACCUAGAAAAGUUUGGAAACAUAAAGUGGAGGAAAUCUUUAGAGAAGAAGAGUCUAUUGAUGCUAUAAUUCAUCCCAUACUUCAAAUUGGAGAAUCUUCUCCUUCAGGGAGUUUUCACAUACUACAAGAUAAAUCUAAAGAGCUUACAGAACUUCUUGAGGCUCAGAACUCAACUUUACUAGUUCAACAAAUUCUUGAUGUAAUUCAUAAUUCUACUGCAACAAAUAAAGGAAAUAUUUGUCUCUUGUGGAGUGCUUCAAUAAAAGAUCCCGUGGUGGUAUCUAUUACAAAGCAAGCAAUAACAGUGGACAUUGGUGGGCAACUUGUAACUGGUGUUCAUGCAGACUCUUUAACCCUCAAUAGGAGAAGCUUAUGGGAAGACUUAACAGUAAUAUCUUCUUUAAAUAAGCCAUGGAUUAUAAUUGGUGACUUCAAUGCAGUUUUCUCUAUGGAAGAGAAGAAAGGAGGCAGAAAACCAUUAACUACAGCAAUGCUAGACUUUAACAACUGCAUUCAGAAUUGUGAAAUAAUCCAAGCUCCAAAAACAGGAUUAGAAUUUUCUUGGUGUAAUAAUAGAGCAGGAAAGAAAAGAAUUGUGUGUAAUCUGGAUAAAGCAUUUUAUAAUAUGCAAUGUCUUGAAGCUUAUCCAAGUUGGGGAUAUAAAGUUGGAACAAUAGGUAUAUUUGAUCAUAGUCCUAUGUUUGGAGCAAAUGUUACACUUCCCAAACCAUCAAAUGUUCCAUUCAGAGCUUUAAAGGUAUGGAUGACUCGUGAAGGUUUCAAAAAAGUUAUUGAAGAAUCUUGGAAAAUUGAAGUAAGGGGAAAUCUAGGUUUCAUUUUUCUAACCAAGUUAAAACAUCUCAAAGUAACAAUAAAGAAUUGGAACUGGAAUGUUUUUGGAGAUGUGAAGAAAAAACUUAAGCAAGCAGACAUGGAAGUAAUGAGACUAUCUCUUAUCUCAGAUUAG